AACCGGAACUUCCGCUUUAGUGACGUCGUAUUUCAACAUGGCGGCCGGUGUUGUGGUUGUUUGUGUAUAUCAGCUAUACGUUUAAGAUUAUACAUCGAAACCGCUAUAGUUGAUUAUGAAAACGCAACUAUAAUAUCCACAAAAGUAUAAAUUACCAUCAAAACGCUGUUGUAGUACUAUUGUCUUUUUUCUCUAUAUUUGGCUUCAAGAGUGUUGAACUUCGCAUUGUAAAUAUUUCAUUGAUUUAGAACAUUUCAUUAGUUUCGUACCAUUGGAAAUCGCUCCGGGUUUUUACUACCAUAAUGAAUUUCAUGCUGUACGAGACACUGGAUCAAAGAAAUCCCUAAACGAAUUUGAAAGAGUAUGAUGGCAACAUGGCAUUUUACGAUGAUCGAAAAUUUCUCAUGUCACACAUCCACCAUUCUUUCAUCACAUGUGAUGACACUGGCAUGUGCGAGAUGGCCAUGCUCAACGAGAUAGUCUUUGACAAAGCAUUGCGGUCCAUUGAAGAUGAUAAGCCUGAACUGAAAGUCCUGAACUUCUACCCAGAGUCUGAUCUCUUGGAACCAUCACAGUCAUACGAUAUUGUUUCUGGAAUGGGAUUUAUCGGAGGACAUAGGCAUAGAUCAAACACUGCCCAGAGAUUGGAAAAAAUGAAAAAAGAUCGCCAAAUACAAGCCAAAAUUACUCAUGUUCAGUGGAAAAAUCCUCCUACUCAACUAACUGAUAAAGAGCUAUCUGAACUGUUCCCUGAAAAAGAUUUGUCUGAGGUAAAGAAAAACAAACCGCCAGUUAAGUCUGCCCUGAGUGAAGCGUUGGAACUUUAUCCUGCAGCUCCAAAUAAUCCAUUUGGUGAAUAUGCAAGAUUUGAUGGGAGGCUCAAUCGAUCAGCUGCCUCUAAAAAGAUCUUAAUCUAUCUCACAAUGUUACCUGCUGCUGAGAGGAACUAUGGCACGGAAGUCAUCUGCCUAUCAAAUGCUCGUGUUCAUGAGCUGAUUGGUCUCAUAUGUUGGAUGUACACAAAUGAAGGAAAAGAACCACCACUAAAAUCCUCUGUUUCUUCCUACUGUCUGAAAAUUGCUGAAGAAACUGGAGAAGUUGAUGAAGAUUUUCCUAGUCUUGAUAACAAUGAAUAUGUGGGCAAAUUCGGCUUCCCAUAUUUAGCUUUAAUUGAACAUGAAAGCAGGGAUCCACCUCCUCAAGUUAUUAUGUAUAUAGAGGGUGAAACUUUUAAAUUUGAUGUUCCAAAAACUGAUAUAACUUUGCGAGACAUCGCUGAGCUGGCAAGUCGCAGAUUAUCAGUCAGAAGAUCAUCUGCCUAUCAUGUUGAAAAGUUAGAUGAACCAGGUGUGCCUAUUCCUCUUCAUACGAAAAUUGCCAACUAUCAAACAUUAGUUUUUGAACUGAAAUUUGAAGAAACCACUAGGGAACGUUUGCAUAGGGAAAGUGAGACUGACGAAUAUGAUGCUCACAUGAAGGCUGUUGAAGCACCUUUAUAUAGAUCUUUUAAUGUCACAUUUUGUCAGAAAAUGGGAAUGAACUAUGAUGUGCAAUUAGGAAUAUCUGGUGAAAAAGUUGAAAUUAAUCCUCUUCCUCAAAAAGGUGCUGCUAAACUCCUGACACGACAACAAAAACCUACCACAUUAUAUAUGGACACAAUUGCGACUUGUGAAAUAAUUUCCAAAAGAUACAAUCCUGGAAAAUGCACUUUUAAACUGGUUCAUUUGAACCAGACUGCAGGAAAUGAAUUCAAGAAAUUUGUUUUUGAGACAGAUCCCCCAACAGCUCAAGAUAUUGUUAAGAAAGUUCAGCUCAUCUUAGAAAUGGGAACCACAAAUGCUUGCAAAGAAUAUCAAAUCUACAGGGAGAAAAAACUUCUAAAGAAAUUUCAAAAAUCCCAACAAACUUUUAAGUCAUGAUUGUUAUAAUUUUAACAAUCAAUUUUUUUUAAUUCUAAAAAGAAAUCUGUAACAUAUCAAUCAUUGUUAUUUUAAUUUCUUGUUUGUUAAAUAUUUUGAAUGUAACUAAAUUUACUCAGUGAUUUUUAUUUUAUUUAUUCAUUAUUACUUUUCGUUUUGACGUUAUGGUGUUGAAACUGAAUUAUGUGUUUUGUUGAAUUAUUAAAUAAAUUUGAAAUAAUUUACCAAAAUGUUAUUCUGAAGGUAACUUUAAAACC